AUCACGACUUGAGGAUGAUAAUGAUGAAUUUGAAGUCAUUAUCGAUAAUAAUUCUGGGAAUAAUGAUAUUGAGCGUAACGCGAUUCACAAGUUGUUUGGACUUGAAACUUCAGUGUUGGCAACUGCUUUAUGUCCUAACCCUAAGGGAUCCUCAAAAUUCCAAUUAUCCAUCGAUGAUUUAACAUUUGUUGGACAACCUGUAUUUAUGAAUAGAGCAGAUGAAAACAAACAGAAUAAGGAAGCAACUAAGAGAACUGGGGACAAUGAGAAUUCUAAGAGAACUGGGGACAGUGAGAAUUCUAAGAGAACUGGGGACAGUGAGAAUUCUAAGAGAACUGGGGACGGUGAAAAUUCUACCGACCUGGAUGAGAACGAAGAAUUACAAAAACAAUUAUCAAGGUUAACGACUUAUGAAGAACCUCCAAUCGAGGAAGCAACAACUCAAACACCUUUUAGUGUUACAUCUGGUAAUAGUGAAGUUUCUUCGACUAGUACAAAUCAACAGCAUACAUUUUUCCAUCUUGUAUUUGUACUUGAUCCGCCCGAAUUGGAAUUAUAUAAACAAGUAGAUAGCAUAUAUAAACACGUUAUUACUAAAUUGACGGCUGCAUUGCAGUAUGAGCAACAAAGAUAUAAAUUAGACAUUGCAUCCAUGGAUAAAUUAAUGGAAAUUACAUUGGAGAAAAGUUCAUUAGCCCGAACUAUUCGACAAGUGUAUGAAUCCAUCUCGACAGACAGUAUAGCACACGUUAUGGUCAAUGAUUAUAUUGACCUUUCACUACAGAUUCCACCUCUUGCACCUACUACACUAUUCACUCCCGGUAAUGAAAUGGAAGUACAUGAAUAUACUCAUUAUCCU